AUGUGCCAACUGUUCGUGCACUGGGCACUGACACCUGUGCGGGCCAAGCUCUCCCAGACAAUUAUUUAUCACUAUAUGGAUGACAUCUUGUUUUGUCAACGUGAUCCAUUCCAAGAUGGAGAUCUCACAUUUAUCACUGCCCAGCUCGCAGCAAAAGGCUUGGUGGUUGCCCCAGAAAAAUUUCAAAGACAAGCCCCAUGGAGGUACCUAGGGUGGAUUUUGACAUCUUCAUCAGUCCACCCACAAAAAUUGGAAUUAAUCACCAAGAUCCAUACCCUUAAUGAUGCACAAAGGCUUGUUGGAGAUCUGCAAUGGGUACGAUCCAUUGCCGGUAUCCGAAAUGAUAAGAUAGCACCCUUAAUGAGCCUUUUGAAAGGUACAGACCUGCAAGCCCCGAUUACCCUUUCGGCAGAUCAAAAGAGCUGUCUCAUUUAUCUAGGGAAGAAACUGCUUUCAACACUGGCAGACAGAAGAUUGCCAGAUGUGCCUUCGGGACUUCUGAUUUGUAACCACUCUGUUGCACCAUGUGCUAUCAUAUUCCAGUGGCCUGCUUGGCAAAAAGAGAAAGGGGGAGAAGGCCCAUCUAAGAGCCGUCGAGGUGCCAAGCAGCCUGCCAAGAAGAUACAGUUAGUGCAAUCAGCGAAGAAAUGUGCAGAGCCUUUAGCGAUUCUUGAGAGGAUUUUUACACCAUAUACGCCACCAAUGAGUAUCUGGCAGAGGACAGAAGCAAUUGCUUAUCUCAUCAAAAAGGCGAGAACACGAAUUGUGGAAAUUAGUGGUGCUGAGCUGGAACAUAUCAGUCUGCCAAUAACAAUAGAAAAUCUUGAGUGGAUGCUGAGACACUCAGAACCAAUUCAAUUAGUGUUGCUCAGCUAUCCAGGGACUGUACACAACAGGCAGCCUAGCGACCCAUGCCUGCAGAUUAUCUUAAAACAGCGGUGGUUGCAACAGCCCAAAGUCGUGAAGCAGCCAGUAAAAGGCCUUACAGUAUACACGGAUGCAGGAAGUCGGCGGAAAAAGACAGCCUGUACCUGGCAAGAAGACUCAAGUUGGAGAAGUAAAAUUAUAGAUGGAGAUGCACACGACUCACUGCAGACAUUAGAACUUACAGCCGUCGCAUGGGCACUGUCUCAUUGGCGAGACAGUAAGCUGAACAUUGUAUCAGAUUCAUUGUACGUGGUAGGAGUGGUACAAUGUAUUGAAGACGUUCUCAUCAAACCACCAGAUAAUAAGCGAUUGUGUCAACUAUUUUUUCAAAUCAAAAGAGCUAUAGAGGACAGAAAUGAGCCCUGUUGCAUCAUUCACAUCCGCUGUCAUCAAACAGAAUUAGGUCUCAGAAAAGGCAAUGCAAAAGCUGAUACGCUUGUCAGUCCUGUUGUAGCAGCACCAAGAGACUCUUUCGCAGCUGCAAGAGAGAGUCGUGCUCUCUUUCAUCAAGCCGCAAAAGCCUUACAGAGACAAUUUAACAUCAGCUUAACAGAUGCACAAGGCAUUGUAAAAUCCUGUCCACAGUGCAGUCAAUAUGGAACCACUCUAGGCUUAGGCAUUAACCCUAGGGGUCUUCAAGCCUGUGAGAUUUGGCAAACGGACAUAACACAUGUGCCUGAAUUUGGUCACCUCAAAUAUGUACAUGUUACAAUAGAUACCUUUUCAAAAAUGGUUUGGGCCACUGCACAAGUAGGAGAAAAAAGCAUACAUGUAAUUCGACAUUUGGUAGCGUGCUUUGCCGUAAUGGGGGUUCCGAAAGAAAUAAAAACAGACAAUGGGCCUGCAUAUGUAGGAACACGAGUUUCUCAAUUCUUACAAAAAUGGGGAGUCAAACAUGUAAAUGGAAUUCCCCAUGUGUCAUCUGGACAGGCCAUUGUAGAGAGAGCCCAUAGGACCCUAAAAGAGUACUUGAAUAAGCAAAAAACACCAGAACAGUUAGACCCUACCAUUCGAUUGCAGCAAGUGUUGUUCACUCUAAAUUUCCUCAGUUUAGUUGGGGAUUUAGAGCAACCCUCGGUGGUCAUUCACAAUAGUCAAGUAAAGAUGCAAGCUACCCCAGAGGUUAAGUUAUAUUAUAAAAACCCAAAAACAGGUAUCUGGGAGGGACCAAGUCCAUUGCUAUUUAACGGGCGUGGUUACAGUUGUGUUUCCACAAAUACUGGACCGCUGUGGGUGCCUGGCCGAUGGACCAAACCAGCCACAAAGGAUCUGAGGAACAAUCAGAACGUUUAUGCCCUCAGUCAAUCUCUGAUCAGCUGUCAGCUGACAUCACGAGAACAACAAAUGUUUCAGGACUGA